AUGCCCACAAUACACGUACAGGCUGGGUCAACAGACCAGCUUCAGGAGAUUGCCGAUUCGCUGUGGAAAGCGAAGAAGGUUGUGAUAGUGACGGGGGCCGGUAUCAGCACUAAUUCCGGGAUUCCUGAUUUCCGCUCAGAAAAUGGCUUGUACUCCAUGAUUCAGGGCCAAUUCGAUGCCGCUGCCAAACUGCAUGGAUCCAAGAACCAAGCGAAUGGAGUCACACCAGACGAUAGUGGCGAUGAGCGGCGCCCCAGAAAGCGAAGAAAGAUGUCGCUAGUAGGCGAUAGCAUUGAGGUCGGUGUGCCUAGGCUGGCCAGAGAUGCGACAGUAGAAGGCGACAGCAUCAGGGUCCUAGAUCCAAACGAGAGCCAAGUUUCGGACGGAAGCGAGGGGAACAAUUCUGGAGAACUUAUUGAGCAAAAUGAUGCGAGGCCCAGUGAUGAGGCUGGUGCUGGAUAUGAUCGGGCGGACCCAAGUGAGGAAGAGGUUGUUUUGCUCACUGAAGAAUCAGUGCUGGCAGGCGAAUCUACUCUCCUGGAAUUGGACGGGCAACGAGAUUCACAGGUCAAAUUUGAUGGACAGAGCCUGAGCCGCGAAGAUGCGCAUUAUGAUGGAGAAGAGAAGGGCAACGCACACGAGGACUCUGAAGUCCAAGCUCAACCUGCUUCAACAGCCGUAUCCUCAAGACGGACAUCCAGGCGUGGCUCUCCGGCCCUCAAAGUACGAUCUUUGCAUCAGCAGCGACAAGACACAACAUCUUCUGAGCUCGAAGCACCCAAGUCCCCUAAAUGCUCUUCAGAUCCACGCAACGCCUCCUCGUCCGAAUCCUCGACACCCAAGCAAACACCCUCAGAUUCUGGCGCCCAGACGAAUACUCUCAGCUCUCCCCUGUCCUCACCUCCCCCCGUCCUUUCUGAUCCUUAUGAAGAGGUAUUCCCUCACUCAUCCACCUCAAGCAGCAGGUGCACUUCACCGGAGAUUGCAUCCGAGGCAGAAGAUUCGCCACGCUCUUCGAAAUGCUUCAACUACUCUCAGACUUUCAAGCGCGCUAGUCUUUCCACUAUGAAGGGGCGUGACCUUUUUGACGCCUCCAUAUGGUCGGAUCCCAUCAAAACCUCUGUCUUCUACACCUUCGCCACCAACCUCCGUCAGAAAUCCAGAGACGCCUAUCCGACCGGCUCGCAUCACUUUAUCAGCCGACUUCGGGACUCUGGCCGGAUGGUCCGCUGUUACACUCAAAACAUCGAUCUUCUUGAGGACAAGGUUGGGCUGUCAACGCGUCUGCUGCUUGGUCCAGGUAGCAGGUCGCGAUUUUCUGCACGAGCUUCGCGAGCAGCGGCUGCCGCUGCCACGGCAAGUGCAGCAGCAAGUGCAGCCGCAACUCCAGCAGCAACUCUCCCAGCUGAUGACAUUGUUCUUCAAGAAUCGGUCGAUGAGAGCUCUCAGCGAAGCGACGUGCGCCGCGAAGAAGACGGAAAGGAUGGUGCAAAUGGUACAGCACAGCCCAUUGCUACCGACAUGGCAAAGGGUCAAUGCACACAAGGAGGGGCUCAAACAGUUCCCUGCUCUCCCGAACCGGACCGUGGUGUAGAGUGCGUCUAUCUCCACGGCUCGCUGCGCUCACUCCGCUGCUUUCAGUGCGGGGGCGUAAUCGACUGGGAUGAGGGCGACCGAGAGUUGCAAACCAUGUCAGGCCAUCAACCGCCCUGCCCUCGCUGUGAGGACGCGACGACCGCUAGACAAGAAAAAGGCAAACGUGCACUCGGCGUUGGAAAACUGCGGCCUGACAUUGUCCUCUACGGCGAAGAACACCCCGAGUCACAGCGGAUAUCUGAUAUCAUACAGCACGAUUUAUCCCUUGCGCCAGACUUGCUUAUUAUCAUGGGCACCAGUCUCAAAGUUCACGGCCUCAAGACUGUCGUAAAGGAGUUCGCAAAAGCAAUACACAACAAGAAAGAUGGCAAGGUCAUUUUCGUCAACUACACGAAGCCAGCUGACAGCGUCUGGGCGGACACAAUUGACUUCUGGGUGGAAAUGGACUGCGAUGCCUGGGUGCACGAUCUAAAAGAGAAGAAGCCUAUCAUUUGGUCACCUCCAGGUACUAUUGACGAUGAGUCCCGAAGCACCAAGAGAAGACGCCGUACCAAUGUCGAUACAGAAAAGGCGACCAACAAGACAGAUAGCAAGAGCGAGGCUGCUGACCAAAUGCCUUUGGUCACACCCAAAUCCACCACGAAGAAGGCCGAGAAGAAAUGUUCACAGGCAACGUCAAAGCCGUCUGUUCCCAAGCCAGCACCAAAGCGGCCAGUUUCUGAGCGAGAGCACAAGGAUAACGGGGCAUAUUGGACAACCAGAAUUAUGGCAAAUUUGGCACUUCUCAGUGGGCGCGAGGUAAAAAAGUACUCAACAAUAUCGACAAACCCUGCACCAGCAAAGAGGGCUUCGGGAUCUGGGCAAGCUAUCCAGAAACCUGCAGAGCCUGUGGCUCCGAAGCAACCCCUGAAGAAGGGUCGUGGUCCACGCCUUAAGAAUGCGAGGACCAGAAAGCCUCUCCCUGCAGCCGUCACAUCUGAAGAUGAUGGCGCUAUUACCAUGGAUCGAGCCAGCCAUCAGCCCGACCAAACGGGUGAUCAGAAGCCUGGAGCUGUUGAGUUGCUUGCAGGCCACCUCAGCCUUGAACAAAAAUGGGCCACAUCGAUUGACAAGUGUCAUGUUAUCGACACAAAGCAGCCGAAACCAGACCCAGAUAUGAAUGCUGCGGACAAACUGUCAUCACAGUAUUCAAGAGCAGCCACAACGCAUACAGCAGAAACCAGCCAGGGGGGACCGGUGCCGGACGCGCAUGCUGGUGGUCUGGAUGCCAAGGGCGAAGGAAAUUCUAUUCUCGCGGCCGUCAAGUCGCAUCAUAGGAUCAGAAGGCCCAAAACAAUCUUCGAGCCGGAGCCGAUCUCUGUCUCAAAGUCAGGACGGGGUACUCCGGCUUCAGCAAGUAACGCCAAAUCAAGGACAAAGUCUGGGUCACAGGCGAAGAAAGUUAAAGCUUCGGGCAAGACGGUGAAGACAGAGCAACCUGGGGAAACUCCAGAAGAGAAUAACGCUAUACUUCCACCCCCACGACCCUGUCCUGGUCCGGCCUCUCAGUCAAAUACAAGCAAUCAUCCUGGGCUAAGACGAUACGGUACUCCUGACGAGAUCUAUACUCUGCCACCUCUCCACCCAGAAAAUCUCGAGAGCUACAAGUAUUCGAAACAAAGCAAUGAUUUGCCGUAUCCUCCUGCCAAGCCACUGGAGCCUAUCGUCGUUGUCGAAGGGCCACCUUCAGAUAUGUCACCAACGUCGCCCCAGCACUGGCAGAACCGUGCCUUUCUCCUGAGGGAUCCACAAUCAAGAAAUUUUGAAGGCCCUUGCCGAGGUCUUGACUUUGUAGGCAUGUCACCGGCAGCGCAGCCAGAUGGACUAUCUGUAAUGAUGGGUACACCUCCGCCGCCUUCCCAAUUGGCUACGCAGCUGGCUAUGAUCACAGCUCCUCCGUCAUACAACUCGUCUGCGUUUGCCAACGCGCCGAUUCUGUUGCCCCAAGGCUCAGGGACUGUGGACGUUCAGCUGCCACCUGAAGCACAAUCGAUUCAUGACAGCCCAAGCCGGCAGCUCCGUCACGAAGAAGCUCUCGAGGCUGCCGCGGCUUUGAACCAACUGAGAAGCCCGCCCGUCUUUGACGAGAGACGCUUUCUCAGAAUUUGA